AUGCUCCGCACGACCUUCCGGCGCGUCCUCGCGCGCGGCGCGCUCCUCCGCACGCCGCCGCCGCCGUGCGCGCGCGCGAGGACGACGACGCGCGCGUUCCUGGGCGGCGGCCACGGGAUCAAAGGCAUGGAGGGCUUUCUGAAGCAAGAGAAGCUCAGGGAGAAGGUGGAGCAGAUGCACGACGCGCGCGCGAAAGCGGAGAAGUACCUGUCGAAGCGUCAGCGCGAGGAGGCCGAGGCCGACGGCGCGUCGUCCACCGCGCGGCACGACGCCGGGCACCCGCCGCCGUGGGAGGCGCCGCCGCCGCCGAUGGGCGUCGCCGCGAUGGCGGAGGCGAAGAUCGAAGCGGCGAUGCGAGACGGCGUCAUGGAGAAUCUCGAGGGUCGAGGAAAGCCGCUCGCGACGGACCACUCAACGGAGACGCCGUGGGACGCGGACGCGGGCCAGGCCGCGCUGAACCGCGUGCUGAAGACCGCGGGGUAUAAGCCCGCGAGCGUGGAGCGUCUGGACGAGGUCAAGGCGCGGCGGGAGGCGAUGGCGAGGACGCUCGCGGCGGCGGCGGCGGCGGCGGAUGCAUCCGGGUCCGCGUCCGGGUCCGGCGCGGCGGACGUGACGAAAGGCGCGGGCGUCGAGCUCGCGUUCAGGGAGUACGAGGAGUCGGUGAAGAAGUAUAACCUCGCGGUGAUAAGCGAUAAGGAGACGCACGGCCAGGGGUGGCCGAUGCGGCCGAUGACCGCGGGGACGUUGGAGUCGCACGCGGCGGCGGCGGCGGCGCUCGCGAAGAAGUACGCGUGAGUGAUUUCGUAUUACGUCUUCGGUUUCGGUGAGUCACAGUAACAACUUACGU